ACCGUCUACAUGGAUCUGUUGUGUACGAGCGGAGCGAACAAGAACAACAAACUUACAGCUCCACCAUGAACCAAGCCGAACCAGCCGCGGUAUCGUCCGAAAACGAAAUGGAUGAAAAGUGUCGCCUGUGCUUAGAAUGUUGCAAUUCCACCAACGCGACACCGAUCACGGACGGCGAGUUUGGUUCGAAACUACAGAAGGUGUUCAAAUUCCCGAUACUGCCGGAAGAUACGCUACCGGAACGGGUGUGUCACGAGUGCGUUACGAUCGUGUCGGAUUUUCACACGUACAGCCAGCGGAUUCAGUCCAAUCAGGAGCAGCUGCAGACACAGCUGAAGGAGCAAAAGUUUCAACCGUUCGAGGUGGUUAAAAUUGAAACGCUAGAAGACGACGAUUUCUACGAUGCCGAGAUGGAGGAAGCGCGUGAACGGCUCGAGGAAGACGCAACGGAACAAACGGUACAUGUGAGCGCUACCCGCAAACCAGCCAAACGGGCCCCCAAACCCUCGGACACAGAAGCCGCCGACGUGAGUGACGCGUUGCGCGAGGAAGCGGAAGGGGAGGAGGACGAGGAGAUCGAUGAUGAGGACGAUGAAGAUUUCGUGCCGAAGGUGGACCCCAAGGACGGUACGCUAAAAGUUCCCGUGCGGCGUCGCCGGCGGCUGGCGCAGGUAAAAGCGCCGCCGAAAAAGCGCACCACCCUGAAGACAGAAAAACAGGUGGAAAAGCUCGAACCGGAAGAGCUGGCGAAGCAGCACGAGGAGGACAGGCGGAUACAGGAGUUUUACAAGUUUGAGUGUGAGCAUUGCUCACUGCCGAUGGACAGCUUCGCCGAUCUGCAGGUGCACUAUCGGCGAGAGCACAGCACCAAGGGGUACGUGCGCUGCUGCGAGAAGGUAUUCUAUCGGCGGUUCCAGCUGCUGGACCAUAUUGCGGCCCACCAGGGCACGAUCAAGUGUGAGGUGUGCCAGAAGAGCUACAAGAGCAGCCGCUAUCUGGCGCUGCACAUGAUGAAAAGCCACAGCCGCGAGGAGGACCGGCCGUUCAAGUGCGACAAGUGCCGGCAGUCGUUCCACAAGGAGCACCUGCUGAAGGCGCACCAGGCCAACCAUCUGUCGGAGAAGUGCCCGAUCUGCGAGAAGGUGGUCUCGUCCAAGUACGCGCUCAAGACGCACGUCGCGCACAUGCACGGUAGCGAUAGCAACCAGAUCUGCGACGUGUGCGGGAAGGAGUUCCGCACCAAGCAGGCGAUGGAGCGGCACAUCAACGAGCACAUGGGGGUGGACGUGGUGCAGAAGGUGCAGUGCAACGUGUGCCAGCGGUGGUUCCACGGGAAGUACAACCUGCGCAAGCACGUGCGCUUCAUGCAUCUGGAGGGCGGGCAGGUGUUUCGGUGCGACCUGUGCCCGCACGAAAGCCCCAACAGCCGGGCCCUGCUGGACCACAAGAAACGGGUGCACGUGGUGGAGCGGUUCGCGUGUGAGCUGUGCGGCAAGCGGUUCAAGCGGAAGCUGUACCUGAAGGAACACAUCGCGUCGCACACCGGCCAGCCGCUGUACGAGUGCGGCAUUUGCGAUGCCAAGUUUAACUCGAACGCGAACUGCUACAACCACCGGAAGAGCAAACAUCCGGAGGAGUGGCAGGCGCGCCGGCAGGCCUUUUUCGAGGCACAGCGUAAAGCGCCAGACAGUGAGCUGAAGAAGGAGGAAGUUGCUUAAAGCGGGAAAGGGCAUGCGAGCGAGGGAUAUGGCAAUUAUGCUGCAUGAUAGCAUACAAUAAACAUUACCUUUUUUUUACUGGA